AUGGAAAAUAAACAACCACUUUUAUUUGAGUCAUUUUUUAAUUCAAUUUCACUACCAAAAUUAACCUAUCAUUGGCAUGUUAUGUUGUUAUCUACAUUAGGAUUUACUUUAGCGGCUGUAAUUUCUCGUAUAAUUUCUCCAAUAAUUUUUCCAAAAACCUAUAAAAAUUUAUAUGGCAUCAAAAGGUUUAAUUGGGAUAUACACUUUGUUAGUUCGAUUAAUUGCUUAUUAGUUGUUAUAUUAUCUAUACCCAUUUUUUGGGAUGAGGAAUUGAUUAAUGAUAAAGUUUUUGGCUAUGAUACUUAUGCUGGGAAUGUUUAUGCUAUUGCUUGUGGGAAUCCGGGAUUGGAUUUGUAUUACAUGGAACGUGCUGUUUUGCGACCAUUUUUGAAUUAUUAUGGUGCGGUAUUUUUGAUGUUUGAAAUUUCGACUCCAUUUGUAAACAUACAUUGGUUUAUGGAUAAAUUGGGAAUGACAGGAACGUUACCACAAUUAAUUAAUGGAAUAUGUUUAAUUGUAACGUUCUUCUGUGCAAGGAUUAUGUUUGGAUUUUACAUGUCUUAUCACACAUUCCGAUCGGUUAUUGCAGUGAUUGACCAAGUACCAACAUUUUUAUGUGUGAUUUAUGGAACGUCGAAUAUUAUAUUAAAUUGUUUAAAUGCAUUUUGGUUUUUUAAAAUAAUUGAAGCGAUAGUAAAAAGAUUUGAUAAAACUGGUGAAAAGAAACAUAAACAUCGUAGUGGUGGUAAAGCUGCAACCACCACCAUUAAAUCCGACGGAAAAACAAAAAAAUCAUGA